GAGAAUAAAGCUUGCAGGUGCCUCGAAUUGUGCUGGUGACGUGAUAUACCCUCCUCUACAGCUUGCACCUGGGCAGCUUCCGAUCCCAUAAUCCAUGAAAUUCGAUUACUGCCCAGAUCCUUCACAACGAACAUUCGCCUUAAAACCCGCAUUUGACUAAAGUAUAUCAGUCCGUACUUGACACGAAGCGUCGCUCUGGUCGCGACUUGAUCGUACCAUAUUCGACGCACGCAUCUCGGCACCCAACUAUCUUCCAGGACCCUGUGAGCAGCCAUGGCUGACAGCACAUCGCCCGUGACGCCGGCGCCUGGCGUUGCCAGCAUCGCCUCGCCAAUCAAUCUGAUCCUGUUCUCUCUCUUCAUCGUCCUCGUCUACAUGCGCCUACGACCGGGUUCCGCCAAGAGCAAAGCAGUUCUCCCAACGGCGCCUCCGCCCACCGUUUUCAAGAUCUUUACACCAAAGCAACUCCUCCCCAACAACGGCUUAGACGGUCAGCCUGUGUAUCUCGCUGUUCGCGGCCGAGUCUUCGACGUUAGUCCCGGCCGCAACUUCUACGGACCUGGAGGCCCCUACGCCAAUUUCGCCGGUCGCGAUGCGAGUCGUGGCCUUGCCUGUGGUAGCUUCGAUGUGGAGAUGUUGACUGAGGAUCUGGACGGGCCACUCGACAAACUCGAGGACCUUGGGGCCGAAGAGCUGGAGGCGUUGCGCGGAUGGGAGGAACGCUUUCUGGAGAAGUACAUGGUGGUGGGCAAGUUGGUGGAGAAGGGUCACCCGGAGGCGGACCCGUGAAGGAGUCUCCUUGCAGGCUGUUAUGAAAAUGAUUUGAUGAGGGCUGUUUACGAUACCAUAGCGCGAAUCAAGUUCCAAUCUCUAUCCGA